ACUUUACUGUAGUGUUGUAGAUAUUCACUUGGCCAGAAUAUGUAUAAAUAAAAUCAUUUAUUCUACCUAUCAUCGAGCCAUAUGAGAUAUUUAAGCCACUACGAGAUCCUAAUAACUCUCGUAUAGGUGCCUACCUAGCUGAACUCUUGGUAGUUAAGGGGAAAAAGGAUUACUUAGGUACCUGUCGUUCGCAUCGCCCCUUUACUGAGCCUGUUUGUUUUUCUCGGUAGCUCUUAGCUGAAGCCUGAAUAUAACCUCACUAAGGUGUAGACUACAUCUCAACUUCAGCCUCUACUAGUGACUUACAUAAGUACCUCUUUAUUGCGCCUCACUCUAUACGGUCAGCCUAGGCAUUUCGAAAAGCUAAUAUUCUAGCGUCCUUCGAUCGCACAUAUAAGUGAAUUAUAUCGCGUGGUCAUAAACACCAUAUCUUCACCUUCUGCUUGUCCGCCUAUAUAUCCCUUUCUUCUCUAUUCUCCUUCUUCUCGACUGAAGCACAAGAAAGACGCCCCUAGCUCUUCCUAGUACUACAUUACCACUUAAAAAGCUAGCCAAAAAUUACACCACCAUGUCGUAUAAAAUUGCCGCCCCCGAUGAGUACCUUGCCAUCACUGGCAUGAACGUGAAGAAUGUACUCAUCACGAAAGCAGCAUGGGUCUGGCCCUUUCAGAGAUGCACACGCUUCUCGGUUCAACCACACGAUUAUGCCAUGAACCUUCAAGCCAUGACAAAGGAGAAACUUCAAUUCCUUCUCCCUGUCGUGUUUACCAUUGGACCGGAUGUGAACAAUCGAGGAGCCAACUCGAGGAACCACAAACCAAAUGUAAAUCAGGAAGAUGGUCAUCCAGGACACGACCAUACCCACGACGAGGACCGUGGGGAUUCUCUAAUGAAGUAUGCCAUGCUGCUGGCCGAGUCGACCUCCCAGAAAAAGGGGUCGCAGUACCUCGAGAAUAUCGUCAAAGGCAUCAUCGAGGGUGAAACCCGAGUACUGGUAUCCAGCAUGACCAUGGAAGAAAUCUUCACGGAGCGCGAGGAGUUCAAGCGCCGCAUCUUCCGAAACAUCCAGGGCGAGCUCGACCAGUUCGGCCUCAAGAUUUACAACGCCAACGUCAAGGAGCUUAAGGACGCUGCGGGCUCUACCUACUUCCAAUCGCUCUCCCAGAAGGCCCACGAAGGCGCGACGAACCAGGCCCGCAUCGACGUCGCAGAGGCGCAGCUCCGCGGAAACGUCGGCGAGGCGGAAAGGCACGGCCAGCAAGAGCGCUCUAUCGCAAAGAUUAACGCGGAAACCGCCGUCCAAAAGACAGACCGAGACGUCGAGCGCGCGGCGGCGGAAGCCAACCUAGCGACGCAGAAGACGAUCCUGAGCCGGGACGUGGAGAUCGCGCGGAUCCAGGCGACGCGGGCGACGGAGUCGCGGGACGAGGACCUGAAGAAGGAGGUGCAGGUGAAGCGGGCGGCGGCGGAGCUGGAGCGGCUGCGGGCGGUGGACGUGGUCAAGGCGUCGAUCGCGCGCGAGAGCAAGCAGCACGCCGCCGACGCCAAGGCGUACGAGGUCGAGGCCGAGGCCCGCGCCAACUUCGACAAGUCCAACAAGGCCACCGACGCCGCCGCCUACCGCACCAAGGUCGACGCCGACACCCACGCCUUCGCCGCUGUCAAGAAGGCCGAGGCGUCCCUGCAGCAGCGCCUCCGCGAGGCCGAGGGUAUGGCCGCCAUGGCGGACGCGUACGCCAAGAUGAGCAAUGCUUUUGGCGGCCCGGCCGGUCUGCUCCAGUACAUGAUGAUCGAAAAGGGCACAUAUGUCGAGCUCGCCAAAGCCAACGCCACAGCUGUCCACGGCAUGCAACCCAAGAUCAGCGUGUGGAACACGGGGUCCGAAGCUGGAUCAUCGGGAGCUGGCGGCCAGGGGACCGGUCAAGAUAGCGCCGCCACGUUGAGAAACGUAAGAGACCUAUGAUCCAUUUGCCUGCCUGAUGGGUUAAAAAAAGCAUGUGUACCUAAUAUUAACAUAUGGCGUUCCAGGUAUACCAACUUCUCCCCCCGCU